GCCGGCAGCCGGCGCGGCCAUGGAGAACGGCGCCGUCUACAACCCGACCACCGAGCCGCAGGCCAAGCCGCCCCGCCGCCCCUGGGGCUGCUCCCUGCGGCACCUGCGCGGCUGGCGGCUGCCGGCCAAGGCGCUGCAGGCCAUUCUCUCUCUUCUGGCUGUUAUUUGUGAAGAAAUUGUGGCACAUUGUAUCAACUGUAGUGGACUUUACUUCUUUGAAUUCACAAGCUGCAGUGCCUUUCUUUUGAGCCUCCUGAUCCUGUUUGUGUAUUGCACUGAUGUAUAUGAAACAUUUGGGGAAGAGAAAAUACAGAGAGUGAAUUUUUGGGCCAUGCUAGCCAUAAGUUUCUUUUUUCUGAUAGCGUCAAUAGUGCUUGCUGUGACCAGUUCUGGGUCUGCUGCUGAAAAUGCUGCCUAUGUGCUUGGAUUUUUUGCAAGUGUUGCAUUUUUAGCUGAAAUUAUUAUAGAGUAUUUUCACGGUCGGAAACAAAACAUUGACGAACGCACUGAAAAUCCUGGUAACCCUCAGAGUGCCACAGAAAAUCAGCCACUGAAUAAACAAAGUUAACUUUC